UAAUCCUCUGUCUGCAAUCUGUACGGUUAUACCAGCCAUGGAAAUUUUAACAUUAAUCUGCAUUUAUUUCUUGAUGAUAUUGAACUUAGUCAAAUCUAGCCCGCCUGAAGAUCCCAUAAAAUGCACAUCCAACAACAACUUCAACUGCACCAUUACAAACUCCUAUGGCGCGUUCCCGGAUCGGAGCAUUUGCAGGGCAGGUCAAGCUGUUUUCCCUACAACAGAAGAAGAGCUCAUUGCCGUAGUGGCAAAUGCAACAAUGAUAAAGAGAAAAAUGAAAGUGACAACUCGGUUUUCUCAUAGCAUACCAAAGUUGGUGUGUCCAGACGGCGAAGAUGGGUUGCUUAUAAGUACCAAGUUCUUGAACAAGAUACUAAGUGUGGAUAAAGAAAACAUGAGCAUAACAGUUGAGAGUGGGGUGACGUUAAAACAGCUGAUUAGUGAGGCAGCUAAGUCUGGGCUGGUUUUGCCUUACGCACCUUAUUGGUGGGGUUUAACCAUUGGUGGUCUAAUUGGGACCGGCGCUCAUGGAAGUUCUCUCUGGGGUUUGGGAAGUUCAGUACAUGAUUAUAUUCUUCAACUUCGAAUUGUCACACCAGCUGAAGCCGCUCAGAAUUAUGCUCAAAUCCGUACAUUGGAAAAUGGUAACCCUGAACUGGAUGCAGCUAGAGUGUCCCUAGGUGUCCUUGGAGUUAUUUCACAGGUCACACUGAAAGUAGAACCAGUAUUCAAACGUUCAAUUACGCUUUCUGAAAGGAAUGACUCAGAGUUGGGGGACGAGACAGUUGUCUUUGGUAGAAAACAUGAAUUUGCAGAUUUUACAUGGUAUCCUAGUCAGCGCAAGGUGGUUUAUAGGAUUGAUGAUCGAGUUCCUGCCAAUACUCCCGGCAAUGGACUUAAUGACUUCCUCGGAUUUCGCUCUACAGCCUCGUUGGUUCUCGCCAUUUUAAGAAGCUCAGAGGAAAAUCAAGAAUCAAGAAACGAUAGUGGUGGAAAAUGCACAAGUGCCAAACUAACAACUUCCACAUUGAAGAUUGGUGCUUACGGGUUGACAAACAAUGGUUUUGCCUUUACUGGCUACCCAGUGGUUGGAUUUCACAACCGAGUCCAAGCAUCAGGAACAUGCCUAAAUAGCCUUGAAGAUGCAAGAAUCACAGCAUGCCCUUGGGACUCUAGAGUUAAAGGUCUCUUCUUUCACCAAACAACAUUUAGUAUUAACUUAUCCAAAGUCAAAGGCUUCAUUCAAGAUGUGCAAAAGCUAGUUGCUUUGGAGCCUAAGGCACUAUGUGUCUUAGAUUUGUACAAUGGCAUCCUAAUGAGGUACCUUACAACUUCAAAUGCUUACUUGGGUGAACAAGAAGAUGCUUUGGAUUUUGACAUCACAUAUUAUAGAAGCAAAGACCCAAUGUCCCCUAGACUCUUUGAAGAUUUUCUUGAAGAGGUUGAGCAACUUGCAUUCUUCAAAUAUGGGGCCUUACCACAUUGGGGAAAGAACAGGAAUGUGGCAUUUAUUGGGGCAAUCAAAAAGUAUAGAAAUGCUGACAAAUUCUUGAAAGUGAAACAAAGGUAUGACAAAUUAGGGUUAUUUUCAAGUGAAUGGACAGAUCAAGUUUUAGGGUUAAAAGAUGGGUUGACCAUAGUUAAAGAGGGGUGUGCUCUAGAAGGGCUAUGCAUUUGCUCUGAAGAUAUUCAUUGUGCCCCCCAAAAGGGUUACUUCUGUCGGCCAGGCAAAAUUUACAAAGAUGCGAGGGUGUGUGCUCGUUUGUCGUCGCCAUAAAGUCCUACUUAUGCCGUUUCAAUUUAAAUGACAUAUUUCGCUUAUCGAAAA